CCCAGCUGAGCACAGAGGAGUGUGAUCAUAAGGGAAGGAGCUUUCCACCAUUUCUGAGUUUGGUGCUUUGCAGACAGACUUUCCUAUAAUAUAAGGGACAAUUUGCAGCAGCCCCACCCGUAUGGACGUAUGGACGUUCUAGUUGUCUGGCUUUUUCCAAUGCUAUUGGCCAUACACGGAUUACAAUUCCACUGGUUCAGCAGGGACAAGCCAGAUUUCUGUGCUUGUACUGAAGUCCAUCUACUGACUGCCUUCUGUUGCAUUCCAGGAUGACUUCAUCUGAUGAUCUGGGGGAGGAGCUGAGCUGUUCAAUCUGUCUGGAAAGCUACACGGACCCGGUAUCCCUACAAUGUGGUCACAACUUCUGCCAGAGUUGUAUCAAAUCUGUGCUGGAUACCCAGGAGAGGUCUGCCGCUUAUACGUGUCCUGUGUGCAGGGCGGAGUAUUUAGAGCGCCCUCAGCCGGAGAAGAACGGAAAUCUCUGUAACCUAGUGGAGUGUUACUUGCUGGCCCAUCCAGAGCAAGAGAAGGCCAAGAUGCUGUGCACCUACUGCGAUUUUCCAGAAUCGGCUACCAAGAUGUGCCUUCAGUGCGAGACCUCUUUUUGCGGCAAGCACUUGAGCCGCCAUAACAAGUCGGUUGACCAUUGCUUAAUCAACCCUACAACUUCUCUUGAAAACAUGCAGUGCUCCACUCACAAGAAGAUGCUGAAGUAUUAUUGUUUCGAAGACGAAGUUUGCAUCUGCAUAUCUUGCUUUGCCGUGGGAGACCAUCGGGGACACUUGGUGCAGCCAAUCUAUGAAGUCUCCGAGAAGAAAACAAAGGAGAUGAGGAAUAUUUUGGAAACUCUAAUGUCGGGAAAAAGAGAAUCGGAAAAGUGCCUCCAAACGGCCAUAAACCACGUAGAGAAAGUGCAGAGGAAUGCAGACUCCAUCACCAAGAAGGUCAAUGGAUCGCUCGAGGAUAUCCGGGAACAACUGAACAGUCUGGAGAGGAGAAUUUCAGGGGAGCUCAACAGGCAGACCAAAGCGAUUCGAUCGCAAGUAUCCAAUCUGAUCAAACGGUUGGACGUAAAAUCGGAUAGGCUGACUCAGAGUAUUAACCGUAUUCGGAGCAUCUGCAACGACGAGGAUCCCUUUUCCAUCUUGAAAAGACGAAAAUCGGCAAAGGAUGUUAUUGAAAAUGUUCCCGACGAGGACAAAACAAGCCAACUCAUUGGUGACCUGAACGAAGGUUUGGUCUCCAAUAUCUUGCACACGGGUCUGUUGGAUAUUGCAAAUGGCAUCAAGAAAAAUAUCCACCUAUGUGAUGUUUCGCCGCUGCUAAUGGACAUCAGAACGGCUCACAACAAGAUGGAAUUAUCAGUGGACUUGAAAUUCAUGGCUGACUCUGAUACGAACCACGGCCGGCUGAGGUCACCCCUGAGAUUUAUGGUUUACAACCAGGUGCUGAGUGUGAAUAGCUUUAAAGAAGGACAGCACUACUGGGAAGUAGAGGCCAGCGUUGCUGGUAUAUGGGACAUUGGCUUAGCCUAUCCUAGCAUCGAGCGAGAUGGGAAACAGUCCGGUAUUGGCGAUAACAACAAGUCGUGGUGCCUGCGCAAAUACACCAAAAAAUACAUGGCGGCCCACAACUCCAAAGCCCAGUCGCUGCUUCAUGAACAAUGCUCUCAAGUGAUCGGAAUCUAUCUGGAUUACGAGGCUGGUAGACUGUCCUUUUAUGAGCUCUUCCACCCGUCUAAAGGGUUAUACAGACAUAUACACAGCUUUACUGCCACCUUCACUGAGCCGUUGCAUGUUGUGGUGUAUGUGGACGAUGGGGCCUGGGUCACAUUCAAGCACACGUAAACCUUAAUUUCCUUUCGCACUUGAGAAUUCUCAUUUUGGGGGUACAACCUUUUUUUUUUCUUUUAACAGGUGAAUUUUAUUGAGUUUUACUCAACAUAAAAAUACAGUAACAAAGGUGGUACAUCCUUAAAGCAGACCUGCGCUUUGCCCUCACAUGUUCUUUUAAUGCCCCUUAGCCAGUAGUACAUGUCGCCUUUAUCUCCCCCACUACACGCUUCAACCACUGGUAGCAAAGAAAGAAGCCUAUGAGCUACUUGACAAUACCCUGAUGUGACGGCAAUGGUCCUUUACCAAGCACCAGUUCUAUCACAUAGGAAGGAGAGUGCCUAGCAUGCUCCCCCGUACCUGGAAGUACUGGGUAUUAUCUUUACUGCCAGUAGUGCUCAGUGAAGGGAAGGUGAGUAAACUGUACUGGGAGGAUUUUGAGUGAAUUCCACUUCCUGGGUGGUAUAAACAGUCUGCCACUAGAGUUUCUGAUAUCGCCCAUGCCUCUGCACUGGCUUCUCCAUAUGUUUCUGCAAUCGUGGAGGAACCGCCCAGACGGAAGGUUUAAAAAAUGAUGGCAAAUACUUGAACCCUUUUGAGCCGGCUUUAAAUUAAGUGGUCAGUCUUAGGCGGGGGUUAACCUUUUUAAGCAGAGAUGGACUGUAGGAAAUUUAAUUGCAUGUAUGGUGGCUGGCAGCGUCCUACUUGCCAACAUAAAGGUCCUCCAUGAAAAUGUAUUAACUCCGAUAUUUUUUCUGCAUAAUUGCAUUAAAUUCCCAAAACAGACCCAGAAUGUCUUUUUUAAUUAUCUUGUUUUACUGUGAAAUCUGAAAUGCUGGAAUUUUCUAUUUUAAUGAAUAAAAUUUGAAUGCAUACACUUAA